CGACAAACACGGCUCAGGCACAACUGACCUCCUCAACAGAUGCCACACCAAACUCAGAGAGGAGUUUCGGAAAGCAGAUGGAACCCUGCUGCUCUAAACCACAAACUUGAACCGGCUGCUGCUUGGCUUGGCAAGGGCCCUUCACAGACUGCGGCCCACGCGUCCCUCCCGCUCGUCUCCCCAAUCCGCUGCGUGAACGCCAAGUUCAGUGGAGCCAGGCGGAGCCUCUCAGCGGUGCCUUCACAGCAUGCUCCGGGGACGCUGGCCCAGUCUCCAGCCAUCCCCUGGACGAACGCCCGAGCGAUCUUCAGAUCUUCCACACCCAGUGCGAAUGUCACGUCUGCAGUGGAGCUUCCUGACCCCUCCUUACACAGUAGGCUGGUCUGUGCCCCCGCUGCUUCUCUGAGAGUCCCUGAGUUGCCUACACCAGUGAGGCCGGAAUCCUCAGCCACUUUGCUCGACAUGUUAAAGAGAGGGUCAUCCUGUGAGGCUAUCGGCUUAGGGGCCAGCCAAGAGCCGGCAGCGAACUGGUAGGUAUGCAGCCCUCAGGGGCCCAUUGCCCCAGCCCCACCCAUCCGACUCUGAAGGGAGGCUGAGCAGAGGGCAGCGGAGGCUGAGAAAGGAGAAAGGCAAAAUGCAGAGGCAGUGCGGAUGUGGCCAGUGGGGAGGAGGGACAAGCCCACGUGCGGGCCAACCUCAUCCCAUCAGCGGCCACGCCUGGAAGCCUGGACUUUGGCAGACUGGCAUAGGCAGGUGAGAGAGGAGCCCAGCCUUGCUCAUUCCGUGAAGCUCUGUGCUGCCAUGCCCGUGAGGACCUGGGAGCUGCCCCUGCUCCUUCUGCUGGGGCUGGGGCUGGGGCUGAGGUCCCAAGAAGCCCUGCCCCCACCCUGUGAGAGUGUGAUGAAGCAGAGGCGCAUGACACCUCACAUGGCCAUCAGGGAGUGACCACUGGACCUUCCAAGGGGAGACUGCCAGAUUUACUGCCACGGGGAGCUCCUGCAUCAGGUUCAGAUGGCCAAGCUCUACCCUGACGACAAGCAGUUUGUGGAUAUGUCACUGUCUGCAGCUCCAGACCAAGUCCUGCAGAGUUUCAGCACGCUGGCCGCGGUCUACAACCAUAGCAUCCCCAAGCAGCAGCUGCAGGAGUUUGUCCAGCAAUACUUCCAGCCCGUGGGGCAGGAGCUGCUGCCCUGGACCCCUGAGGACUGGAAAGACAGCCCCCAGUUUCUGCAGAAGAUCUCUGACCCCAAGCUGCGCACCUGGGCAGAGCAGCUGCACCAGAUCUGGAAGAAGCUGGGAAAGAAGAUAAAGCCAGAAGUUCUCAGCCACCCCGAGCGAUUUUCUCUGAUCUACUCAGAACACCCCUUCAUUGUUCCCGGCGGGCGCUUUGUCGAGUUCUACUACUGGGACUCCUACUGGGUCAUGGAGGGUCUGCUCCUGUCUGAGAUGGCCGAGACGGUGAGGGGCAUGCUGCAGAACUUCCUGGACCUGGUCAAGACCUACGGGCACAUCCCCAACGGCGGACGCAUAUACUACCUGCAACGGAGCCAGCCCCCGCUCCUGACCCUCAUGAUGGAUCGGUACAUCGCUCACACCAGCAAUACCACCUUCCUGCAGGACAACAUCGAGACCCUAGCCUUGGAACUGGACUUCUGGACUGUGAACAGGACCGUCUCUGUGAACUUGGGAGGAGAGAGCUACAUCCUGAAUCGCUAUUAUGUCCCUUAUGGGGGACCCAGGCCGGAGUCCUAUAGCAAAGACGAGGAGUUGGCAAACACCUUGCCGGAAGGGCAGCGAGAGGCUCUGUGGGCCGAGCUCAAGGCUGGGGCUGAGUCAGGCUGGGACUUCUCUUCCCGCUGGCUGGUGGGAAGCCCAAACCUCGACUUGCUCAGCAGCAUCCACACCAGCAAACAGGUGCCAGUUGACCUGAACGCCUUCCUGUGCCAGGCAGAGGAGCUGAUGAGCAGCUUCUACGCCAGACUGGGGGACAACGUCCAGGCUGCCAGGUACAAAAGCUUGCGGGACCAGCGCCUGGCUGCCAUGCAGGCUGUCCUGUGGGAUGAGCAGAAGGGUGCCUGGUUCGACUACAACCUUGAGAACGGAAAGAAAAACUUUGAGUUUUAUCCAUCCAACCUCUCCCCGCUUUGGGCCGGCUGCUUCUCUGACCCUGGUGUUGUGGACAAGGCUCUGAAAUACCUACAGGACAGCCAGAUCCUGACCUACCAGUAUGGCAUCCCGAGCUCUGUCCGGAACACAGGACAGCAGUGGGACUUCCCCAAUGGCUGGGCGCCCCUGCAGGACCUGGUCAUCAGAGGCUUGGCCAAGUCACACUCACCUCAGACCCAAGAAGUGGCUUUCCAGCUGGCCCAGAAUUGGAUCCGAACCAACUUUGACGUCUACUCACAAAAGUUAGCCAUGUACGAGAAGUAUGACAUCAGCAAUGGACAGCCGGGCGGCGGAGGGGAGUAUGAAGUUCAGGAGGGGUUCGGCUGGACAAAUGGAGUAGCCCUGAUACUAAUGGACCACUAUGGGGACCGGCUGACUUCAGGGACCCAGUUGGCUUUCCUGAUCCCCCAUUGCCUGGUGGCCGCCUUUCUGCUCCACCUCCUGCUGGGCUUCCUGUGACUGACCACGGUGGCCACAAGGACUGACCAGGAGGGUGGCUUCACGCCCACCCGUCUGGCAGCACGUGAUCUGCUCCAGCUCCUGCCUCAUUAAACCUCUGCACCCAGCCAAGUGCGGCAGUGCAGGACUGUAAUCCCACUCUCCUGGGCAAGAGACCCUGUCUCAAAUAAAACAUAAACAUAGAAGGCCCUGGGUUCGAUCCCAGGUACUGGAAAAAACGCACCUUCCCUUCCUUCCG